AUGUACUUUCAAAAGAUUCCCAGAUUCGUAAUUUUUUGGUCCAGCUGCGCUUGCUCUAAUACCACUUCGUGUGAUCUUUCCUCAUAUCAUACCACUCUUAACAUCUGCUUCACUGGUUCAGACAACGUUGCAGAUAUCUCUGACACGACUGAUUUGGAUACUAUCGCCUGCACUGUUUCUGCGGCCAUGGCGACGGCUGUUUCAGCCGAGGCAGCUGCAACGAUAACCGAUACGGUUGAAGCAACAGCCGCCCAUCCCCAAGACGUAUUUAGACCUCCCCUCGAUGUCCCCCUUGAGCCUCACUUUCCCUUUUCUUCUCUGCCACCGGGUUCUCCCUCAUACCUGGUUAGCCCCGAUGUAACAAACACAAAGCCUCCCAGCUGCCUUGCCGGUUCAGAUUUCGAUAUAGCCUCGCCGAAGGAGGAUCCUGCGUUCUCCCAUCUGUCACAUCCUAUGGACCAGAAUUUAGGCUGCCCUCAUCCACAGCACCAAAAUCGGCAUAAUCUACAAACUUAUCCGCCCUCCUGCCCAUCUUGGCGAUCCGCUGGAGUCCGCAUAAUCUGCCAGGGUCCGGUCGACCGGCGAACUGCUGCUCGACACCUAGCCUCUCCCAUCCGGUUGAAGUGGCCCCCUAGUUCGAACCCCCUCUGCCCAACUGAUGCUGCCAGACGUUCGAAUCUCAGCCUGAGUCCCAGCCUUGCGGAUAGGGGCUUGAGUAGCCGGCAGCGUGACCAACGGCAUCGGCUACUCCAGCGACGGGCCUCGGACCAAUCUAUCAAGCCAGCCAUGUCCGCAACGUCCACUGUGGCGGAUAGUGAGUGUGUAACAGUGCCGGUGAUGAAGGCUUCCGUGCCAUCUUCUUCAUCGGGCUUCUCGACUGGCGCUCACUCAGAAAUGAGUCUUGGCGGUCAGGCUCAUGCAAUGUCGUUUGUCCCUCCUGGGCUGACUGGUCCUCGCGCCUGGUUCCUA